AUGGUUAUUGUUAAAUUGAAGUCCAAGCCCAAGGUGGCCUUCAUCACGGGUAUCACCGGUCAAGAUGGCUCCUACCUUUGCGAAAUUCUUCUAGACAAAGGAUACCAGGUGCACGGGCUCGUUAGGCCUUCCGCUCAGAGACAGCAGACCCUGGACCGCCCCCUGCGCGAGGGAGUGACGCUUCAUUUCGGGGACAUGUCGGAUCUCGGCAGACUGAUUCAGAUCCUCCGCAGCAUUCCAAACAUCGAUGAGAUAUACCAUCUUGCUGCGCAGUCCCAUGUUGGCGUGUCCUUCCAGACGCCAUUAUUGACCAGUGACAUUAAUGCACUUGGCACUCUUCGAUUGCUGGAAGCUAUGAGGGUCCUGAACUUGGGCAAGACUGCUCGGUUCUACAAUGCCGGUACCUCUGAGCUGUACGGAUCAGACAUGCCGGCCCCGCAGACGGAAGAGACACCGUUUUACCCCGUGUCACCGUAUGCUACGGCCAAACAGUUCCAGUAUUGGACUACGGUCAAUUUUCGGGAAGCGUAUGGCUUUCAUGCUUCGAAUGGAAUUCUGUUCAAUCACGAGUCUCCCCGACGAGGCACCUCCUUUGUCACCCGGAAGAUUACUACUCAAGUUGCAUUGAUUGCGUGUGGUCUAUUGGAGACUUUCGAGCUAGGAAAUCUCAACGCAGUCCGAGACUGGGGCCAUGCCAAAGACUACAUGCGAGGGGCGCAUAUGAUCCUCCAGCAGCCCAAAGGCGGCGACUAUGUUCUUGCGUCUGGCCAGGCAUACAGUGUGAGGCAGUUCGUUGAGGCCGCCUUCGGCAUCAUCGGGGUUAAAAUCGAAUGGUCUGGUACCGGUCUCGACGAAGUUGGCACCGACCCCGUCACCUCCAAAGUGCGCGUCCGAGUGAACCCGGAGUACUAUCGAACUCUGGAGAACGAGACCUUGCUUGGUUCGGCGGCUAAGGCCGAAAGGGUUCUUGGCUGGCGGCCCAAGUACACCUUCGAUGCCUUGGUGGAAGAGAUGGUUCUCUCGGACAUCAAGGCCGUCAAGGCUGGCAGGAUGUUUGCGCACACGUACUUGGACCUCGACUGGCUGGUGGAUGAGAGCACCGAUGUACCCGAACACGUCGAGGAUGGGCCUGGUCGUGUUGAGAACGCACCUGCGCGUAUUGAAGAUGCACCUAGUGCUCGGAUUCCUGGUAUUUAG